GAUAACCAGUGAGUUGGUAAAGAAUAGUCAGUAGUCUGUUAACCAUGAUGCUGGUUGCCUUGUUUCUCCUCAUCCAGCUCAGUGGACAUGAGUCCACCAUCUGUCCAGAGGUGAACUGUUCGAUCGUGAACCUGGACUCGGUCGAAUGCAGGUGGAGAGGCCAGGUCAACUAUACCUUCUACAGCCGAUAUAAGACUACCCCAUAUAGUGAAUGCUCCAGUUAUGUCCUGGAGCAGGGCCUGGUUAUUGGCUGCAGUGAGGCCUAUAAGGACCUUAAAGACAGAUUCAAUACUUUUUCCACCAACCUCACACACGAAAACUGCUCAACUGUGAAGAUACAUGACCUCAAAGCCAGUGUGAAAAUGAAUCCUCCAACCAACCUGACAGUGAAGAACAUCAAUGGACACGAGCUGUGGCUGUACUGGAACAACUCCAUGAACUACCACUGCCUGGAAAACGAAGUUUGGCACAAGACCAACAACAGUGAAUGGAAGAGUUUCAUCUGUAACAACUUGAAGCAUGACUUCAGUGUCCCCCUGCCCUCCCAAAGCCUCCGCUAUGUGUUUCAAGUGAGGACGCGAGUGUCAGACUACUGUUAUCAGUCCGAGUUCUGGAGUGAGUGGAGCCAGGCAAUCUCCUGGGGUCCAAUCAUAGCACACAGCCGUAAGGUCACGGGGCUGCCUGGCGUUGCCGUGACGGUGUGGACUCCCCUGCUGGCUGUGGUGGCCGCCCUCACCCUCCUGCUGCUGGUUAUGCUUCUGCUCCACAAUGAGAGGCUUAAAGUUAUCCUCGUUCCCAUGGUUCCAAACCCGGCCAAGAACCCCAUCCUGGCGGAGCUGCUGGACACCCACAACGGCAAUGUGGAGGAAUGGCUCCACAUCUCUAAGGAGCUGAAAGAGGGGUUCAAACCCAACUUCAGUGAGCACGCCUGCUCUGUCCGCGAGUACACCACUCAGUCAGCCAGCCAAUCAGAGAGCUCUGCCACAGUAACCAUCGACCAAUCCGACUGCUCUGUCUCCAUCUCCACUGACCAGUCAGACUGCCUGUCCAACUCUGGUUCGUCGUCCACCAGCACCUCCAGUCUUCCCAUCACGUCUGGAGAGGAACAGGCAGGUCUUUAGGAACACCUGCGGUGCAUCUCAUUUGUUUGUUCCAGAUUGCCCCCUAAUCUGGUCUCUUUCACUUAAACACCACCAAUUACAAUUUAUUGACUUUGCCACAGUUAUUGCCAAGUGUUAUUACGUUUUUACAAUUGCAUUGAUGAAGAUCAGAGACCAAAACAUAUUUCUAGGAGUUUACUGAAAAUGUAACAAAAAGAUGAGGACAAUUUGGAGCAGAACAACAUUUACAAUUGUAGUUGUGAUUCGCUUUGUAUGACAAAACUCCUGACCUGUGUUGGAGGAUUUCAGCCACAGCAAGCUACACAAGGCUCAAACAGCAAAAAUAAAGAGGGCUGGUGGCUGAGCGGUUAGGGAAUCGGGCUAGUAAUCAGAAGGUUGCUGGUUCGAUCCCCGGCUCUGCCAAAUAACGUUGUGUCCUUGGGCAAGGCACUUCACCCUACUUGCCUCGGGGGAAUGUCCCUGUACUUACUGUAAGUCGCUCUGGAUAAGAACGACUUACUGCUAAAUGACUAAAUGUAAAUGCAAACAGUUGCAUGCCUAAAAGUCACCAUUCUUCACACACAAUCAAAUAUGGUUUCCUGUUUUUGUCCAGUGGUUUCUUUAGCACAAGUUAAACACAUCAGUCGUAACAGUGAUCUUCUCCUUCAGUUUAUCAGAUAAUCACAUCAGUAACAGUGGCCAGCCACGUAUUGUCAGCAAAUACAGAAGUUGUAACCACUCAAAGGAAUGUGCAGCAAAUGAAGUAGUAACUGAUCAGUUAACAAUAAUUUACAUUUAAAUUUAUGCAUUUAGCAGAUGCUUUUAUCCAAAGCGACUUCCAAGAGAGAGCUUUACAAAAGAGCAUAGGUCACUGAUCAUAACAACGAGAUAGCCCCAAACAUUGCGAGCAGCCAAAACAUGAAGCAUACAUUGUGAAAAACCAAAUAAGUGCCAAAGGGAAGAACCAUAAGAGCAUGCAGUUAAACAAGUUACAAUUAAACAACAUGAAACUCAAAAAGUGCAAGAGUGUACCUGUAGAAAAAUUAUCAACAGUCAAAUAUUUCACAGCGAGUACAAGAAUUUAAAACCGUUACAACUAACCAACAAGAGCAACAAGUCUCUCAAUAAGAGUCAUUGUGAUCCUGGAGGAAACUAACAUCAGGUCCAGCCAAGCAUUCUUAAGUGCCGUUGUACUCCUGGAACAAGUGCGUCUUGAGCCUUUUCUUGUAGGUGGGGAGACAGUCAGUGUCCCUGAUGGAGGUGGGGAGUUGAUUCCACCAUUGGGGGACCAGACAGGAGAAGAGCUUGUCCAACACAAGCUAAUUAAAGAUAAUGAUUACUUUAUUACUUUUAUACUGUUUGAAAUGUUCUGAAUAUAAUAAACAAUGUUUGAUCUAUACCUUGCUAUAUUACGUUCAUGAGCAUAACCCUUGGUUAUGUCCAGGAGAUAAUUAAUUAAUUAUGUAUCUUGUAUCAUUGAUAAACUGUCAUUAUGCUGUUUUCUUAAGCCUGCAUAGCCAUAAGUUGGUUCUUUGUAAGGUGCGACUAGGAAAGGCCUGUGUCACUAAUGUAAGUCAGAGGUCACAAUAUUUCCAAAGUGUAAAAUGCCAUGCAACUUUGAAUGAGGAAAAUAUAAGGAGCAACAAGGCCAUUUCUAGGAGCCCUAUCUAAAGACCUAAACAAAAGCUAUCUAGCACACAGUAUUAUUUUUUCUGUGCCUGUGAAGGCUAUACUAAUCAUCUUGAAGCCUCCCAUAUUGUGAUACCAUAUACUCCCUUGAUUUCCUGUAUUCAUUGUCCAGUCUUCUGUGAUACUCAACUUGAGUGUAACAGACACCUGCACCUCGCAUAUCUGUAAUAAAUAUGUUGAUUUUGUCUUGAA